GGCCGCGGCGCUGCCGGCCCGUUGCCAUGGCGACCGGCAACAGCGGGGCAGGUGCGGGGCGGUGUCACAGCGAAAAGCUUCCCCCCCCCCUCCUCCCAGAUAUUGUGCGAUUCUUCGUUCUCCUGCACCUGCUGUGGUUACUGCACCGGUGCUGUGCUCUGCACUGCGAGAGGCAGCACGAUGCCCGCGCGUGUCCGGAAGCAUUCCCUGGAGAUUCCUCCGCCAUCUGAAGAGGACUGGCUGAAGGAUGACGAGGAAGACUUCUUCCAGCAGGAUCCCGAGCGAAUACGCGAUGCUUUGCCUCAGCCCUUCAGGAUGGCCAACAAACUGGUGAUGCUGGUUUUUGAAAAUGCUAUGGAAAUCAUUGAAAGAAGGGAGACGCUCCGAGAAGCACAAAAACUGAAGGCCCAGCCCACAAAAUGCUUUCCUACAGCUGAAUUCCAGGUAACUGGAACAGCCAAUUGCCUGUCAGUGUCUGGAAAAUUCAUCUUUGUUGGUCUGUCCGUGGGUCUGGCUGCCUUCAGGAUGUACGACUGUAAGCAGGUCUGUGUUUGGGAUGCAGUCAAGACAGAGAUUUGUGUCAUCCGCUCCUCGGACUUGGGGAACGAGCACCAUGUCCUGCUCACUGUGGAUGAAAUGGGGCUUGUCUCGCUCUUCUGCUUUCACAGGGAAAGCUUCCUACUCAUUAAGAUCUUAAAUGAGGUGGAAGAUAUUAGCAAGCGAAGUACUUGUGUGGAGGUGGUGCUGUCCUCAGGAGGUGAUUAUGCAGGAGUCCUGCUGCAAGGCAGCUCAGAAGUUUGGCUGGAGGUCUACCGAUUGCCCAAGGAUUCCUGGCUGAAGGAGACAGAGAAGAGCUCAGGAGCUGCAGCAGGGCUGGCUUUCAGGGAGAAGAGGUCAAGCUGGACAUCUGUGGAGUCUUUUGUGUCUGCAAACAAAGCUGAGGCAAAGCUGAGUCUCCCAGUGCUGGUGCUGAAAGUGAAGCCACCCAAACCCAUUACAGGAACUAAUUUUAAAAGCCCUUUGGAUGCGUUGAAGAAAGUGGAUGAUGGCAGCAUGCUUGGCUUGGGGCACAAUCACCUGAUCAAGGACUCUCAGUGGGAGCAACACGAGGCAAUCUUCCGCAGCAUUUAUCGGGAGUUUCUGGAGGCUGAGGGUGAGAGUGAGAGCAAGGAUGAGGUUCCCAGGCGUGCAGCUUUUCAUUUUCUCCUGCCCAGCUGGAUCCUACAGGGGGGAACUGACAUAAAAGUACAGCCAGAUGUUCCAGCUAGCAUCAGUGUGUACUGGGACGGAAGCCACAAUCUCUGUUUCUAUUUACUUAACCGUCCACUCAAGGAGAGAGUGGAUGCUGAUCUGAAGCCUGAUGUUGUGUGGCCAUGUGCAGCUCCAAUUGCAUGCUCCGCUGUCAGUUCCUGGUACCUGGCACUGGCAUGUGAAGAUUCAGCAAUAACUAUUUGGGAUAAACACCUAGGAUAUCCACUGUCUGUGACUGUUAUGCCAGAGAAACGUCCUAUACGUAGCAUCCACUUCCUGCAGAGUGCUGCAUCUGCCAGCAGUGAGGCACCUUGCCCUGGUACAGAUCCUCCCUCUCCAGCUGUGGAGCUUUUAGUGCUGUGUACAGAUGGGUCUUUGUAUUUGUUGAGAGCGUCCAGGGCCAAGAAGCCCAGCAUCACGCUCCUGGCAGACAGGCCUGAAGAUCCGAAUCUUGCUGUCACUGCAGUGGUGCCUGUCCUGGCAUUCCCCAGUGCUGCCCUGGUUUUCUCUUGGGAUGGCACGGUGUCCUUGAUGAAUACUGCCACAUUGCAAAUGGUUUGCUGCUUCAACAGUCCACCUUCUCAUGCUGUAGCAUCCCCCUGGCAGCCAGUGUUCACAUUGGAUACUGUGAAUUGGUGCCUGCUUCUUCGAGGAGACGAGCAGCAGACAGAUGCAUUGGCACAGAGCAGAGCCAGUCACAGCACCAUCUUCCUCUUUUACUUCAACUCCUACCCACUGGAGGAGGCUUUCCCAAAGAAACCAGAUUUGCCUUUCAAGUCCUUACAGAACCUGUCAUUGUUUGAGAGAUGUAACAUGUUCUUGCGUGAUAGUCAGCAGCGCCUGGUAGGACUCGAGGAGCAGUUGCCUGAGUACUGGAGUCGGCUGCAGGCACGAGCAGCUGCCAUGGACAAGGAGAGUCAGAAAAUAAAGGGACAGAAGAAGCCAUAGUCAGCCAUGCAUCCUGAGGACCAGGUUCUGCGGUAUCCUAAUCCUACAGACCUGUGAUCCAGCACUGAUAUUUUAACAGCAUCUCUGUUCAAAUCUAUCCUGCUGCUUUCCAGCCUGGGGCAAUUUGUUAUCUGAACUAUCUGCUUGUCUGCCACAGCCACAAGGAUCUGCUCGCGACUCUCUGCUUAUCUAACCUUCAGCCUGUUCCAGCAGGGUUCAGCUCUUCCUCAUUGGAGAUCAACACAGCUGAUGGAAGAGUCUUCAAGUAGGAAAGAACUCUUACCAAGGUGGUAUGUGAAACAACUGUGUGCUUCAGCUAAGGGUUUGUGCUGGAUCUCUGAGUCCUCUCAGAGACCUGGAACAUCAGAGCAAUAUGGUAUGUUACAAUGUCCCUCUUUAACAAAGCCUUUCCUCCAAUAAAUGUCUCUCACACUUCA